AUGACAUCACCAGCAGAAGACCGUUCUGCUACAAUGGAGGAAAACACGGGGAUAGACCCUGUGCUACAGCAGUCAGCUGCUUCACGCUGGAGACGAAUCUUUAGAAGAAAGACCAGAGAAGAGCCCGAGUCUAGCGAGGAUCAGACUUAUCGCGCUAAAUCGACACUGGGAAUACUAAGUGACAAAGAGACCGACGAAGUUCCGGGAACGGUACUUCUCUUAUCAUCAAAUCGCAAUGAACCCCUGGGAAUGAGACAUCAACCGCAUCGGACAUCGACAUCAUCUAUAGCCUCGUCUUAUCCUCCCUCGCGAUCUAACUCUCGAACCCGGACUGCGAUUCCAACGCAGAAGAAAACAGCAGACGGACAAUUUGUGCUUGAUCCCCAACCUGACGACUCCGUAAAUGACCCUUUGAACUGGCCUGUAUGGCAGCGGGACAGCGCAUUAGUCUCGUUGGGCUUUUAUUGUUUGAUGGGAGGCGGCAUGACCCCCAUUUUGGCAGCUGGUUUUAACAAUGUUGCAACUGAUUACAAUGUCAGCACGCAACAGGUGGCUUUCACCACCGGGUUCUAUAUGCUAGGCCUGGGCCUGGGAUCUGUCGUAAUGUCGCCCACAGCUAUUCUAUACGGGAAACGACCGGUCUAUCUCUUAGGAGCCAUCCUCUUCGUGAUCUCGGCAAUUUGGUGCGCAGCAUCACCGAACUACCCAAGUCUCGUGGUCGCUCGUAUUUUCCAAGGAUUUGCCGUGAGCCCAGUCGAGUGUCUUCCAUCUGCUACAAUUGCAGAGAUCUACUUUUUGCACGAAAGGGCCUAUCGAGUGGGGAUCUAUACACUCUUGCUACUAGGCGGAAAGAAUCUGAUUCCCCUAGUGAGUGCCGCCAUCAUUCAAGGGCUGAGCUGGCGCUGGGUAUUUUGGAUCGUCGCUAUGAUUGUAGGCAUGUGUUUUGUCUUGCUCUUUUUGUUUGUGCCCGAAACAUUUUGGGAUCGCACACCCCGUCCGCGUGUGCAUAAGCAUAAGAGCCCGCGCGGCCCUGGUCACAGUGUCUCCGACCUCAUUUCCCAAGGCCUCCGCGGGCGGCGCCUGCAUGCCGAACCAGAGGACGAGUCCUCCGAACCGGCCCAUUCAGAUCCAACAUUGGCACCGAAAAAAUCCAAGCAUGCGCAUGUUGGAUUCGCGGAUGACCAGCCAGAGGACGGAGACCAAGCGGUUGGGACUGAAAAGGCCGAUUUUGUUUCCGAAGCCGGCAAGGCUACCAACGCCGAUCAAAUCACCGCUCAACCGCUGACUCCGAUUAAUGAGAAAGGCGAUGACUUCCUUCAACCACUACCUCAAGCUCUUGUGCCUGGAGCACACCCAGAUGACCUAGAGAGAGCUCGAUCCGCAGCCGUAUCACCGGCGAGGACCGAGUCACAAGAGCCUAGCGGGACACCGCUGCCCGCAACCCUACAAUACACAAACCGACUCCGUGAACGCCCGAAGAUCCCCUACUCCCAAUUACUUAGAGUCUGGAACGGACGAAUCGCACAGGACAGCUGGUUCCGAGUGGCCGUGCGACCAUUUAUCCUAUUCGCCUAUCCAUCUGUGCUCUGGUCAACAGUGGUAUACUCACUAUCGGUCGGGUGGCUGAUCGUGCUUUCGGAGUCGGUUGCACAUAUCUUCGAAGGAGGGGAGCACUACCAUUUCACCGCGCUGCAGACAGGCCUGAUCUACAUAUCUCCGUUUGUUGGCGGUCUCUUAGGAACCGCAGUGGCGGGCAGAGUAUCAGACGUUAUCGCGCGGUUUAUGACCAGACGAAAUGGUGGCAUCUACGAGCCUGAGUUCCGUCUUGUUAUGGCAAUUCCUAUUGCGUUGUCUACUGUCAUUGGUCUGAUGGCGUUUGGGUGGAGUGCUGAAAUCGGUGACUCUUGGAUUGUCCCGACUAUCUUCUUUGGUUUGAUCUCAUUUGGUUGCUGCUUGGGUAGCACGACGGCCAUUACAUUUUGUGUGGACAGCUAUCGUCAGUAUGCUGGCGAGGCGCUAGUGACAUUGAACUUUAGCAAAAAUAUCCUCCACGGUCUGAUUUUCUCCCUCUUUAUCGUGGACUGGCUCGAUUCCGAUGGUUCACGCACUGUCUUCCUGUCUAUCGGCGGCAUACAACUUUUCUUCAUGCUCAUGUCAGUUCCUAUGUACAUCUACGGCAAGCGAGCGCGCAUGUGGACAGUGCGCAAGCAGCUCAUGGAACGCUUCUAA